GUGGCUGAUUGGGCCGACCAUGUGACGUCUCCCGAUGGACACGCCCUACGCCGUCUUCCUUUUCAAUCCAAAACUUGUCUGGCUGGGACCAUUUUUUUCUCCUUGGCGAAACUUUUUUUCACCUCUGUUUCAAAAAAUGUCUUUGAGUGGCAAAAGCGAUGAAGAGCUCAGCAAGUUGCUUACCGAGUACGGCAUCAAACAUGGACCCAUAGUUGACUCUACUCGCAAGUUGUAUGUGAAGAAGCUUGAGAGGGCCAUGGAAAAACUGCCAGUGAAAACCUCCUCUGAUAAGACUUACUACAGAGAGGAAGAAGAGGAAAUUACGUACGUCACGUACCGUAGCCCGGUCAGACAUGAAGGUUAUGAAGACAUGCUCAGAAGGAGAUACAACAAUGAACCAUAUGACGAUGAGGAAUCAGACGCAGACAAACGGCCCAUCCUGCGCAAGAGCAGAGCAGCCAAUCAGAACGCCGAGCACUCCAAGGAGACCGUCCAAUCUGGCUGCAGCAUGUGGGGUGUGAUAAGAAUACUACUGCUACUAGCAGUGGUAGCAGCUGCCUACUACAUUUACUGUCACAUGACCAAAGACGAAAAUCCUUUCAAGCUUCAAUGAUCGAUAAACGACCACUUCAAAGAUGCCAGGUCAUUUGCAAAACUCAGAUCUAGAUUGAUGAAUUCACUGCCAGCCCAGUUGAAAAUGAAUCCUUGACAACUGUCACGUCAGUGGCAGUUAAUAAGUUCACUUGUAAAAAAAAAAAAAAAAAACUGGGCCUUGCUCUUUAACACACUGAGCCUUUAAGAUGUAGUGGGUCUGAAAAUAAUACAGGCCCCUGUCCAAAUUUCAAAUUGUUGUGACAUGAAAAAUGAGACCAAGAUAAACCAUUUUGCAACUUUUUUCCACCAUUAAUUUGACCUAUGACCUGUUAAACUUUUUUUUUUUUCCGAGGGGGAAAAAAAUAAAGUUGCAUAAAUAUGGACACCCCCAAUCUAACCCUUUGUUGGUGCACCUCUGUCUUAUAUUAGGGUACUCUCUUUUUGGGUAGAAGUCAGUCGGUGUGGCAUGUUUUGAUGUGACACCUGCCCAAGUUUGCAUUGCAAAAUUGCAUCAAAUCUUUUGGAUUCCGCAGGCAAUAAUCUCUACAACACCCCACAGGUGUUCAAUGGAGCUCUUCAUAAUUCGGUCCACCUUAACUAGGGCCUCAUGAAGAAAAAUAGCCCCGAAGCGUAACACUACCACCAGUACACUCCAGUGUUGGUAGUUUUGUGUUCAUUUGGUGAUGAACAUUGUUGGGUUUCUGGCAAACAUAUACCUUUUAGAAUUUUAGCACAAAAGGUUGACCUUUCUUUCGUUGGAAUAUAAUUGUUCUACCACAUGCAUUUGGGACAUUUAAGUUUUU